UCUCGUGUGUACGGACUACCCCAUGUGUGCGUGGGGCCCAGGCAUUAUUGCAGGAAUAGAAACCCUACCACCAUCUCCGCUCGUGGCGUGCUCCACUGAUUCUUCUUCUUCUUCUUCUACCUCCCGGCCGGUCUCCUCCCCUUUCUUUGUCUGCCUGUGCUUAUUAGUAUCUCGCCUCACCACGCAGCUAGCUAGCAGACAGCCAGACACGCGCUGCUUUCAGAUAUCUCACCGGACCGUCGUCGUCGGCCCCUCCGAGAACAUACCACCGCGCCCGCCGCCGCGCGCGCCACCACGUCCACGUACGCCGGCCGGCCACCAAGCAAGCAUGGAUACGGUUUCACAGUCCGAGCACCUGUGCUACGUCCGCUGCACCUACUGCAACACCGUGCUCGCGCUGCAGGUUGGGGUUCCAUGCAAGAGGCUCAUGGACACGGUGACUGUCAAGUGCGGCCACUGCAACAACCUCUCCUACCUCAGUCCACGGCCCCCCAUGGUGCAGCCGCUCUCGCCGACUGAUCAUCCCUUGGGGCCAUUCCAGUGUCAGGGACCCUGCAGUGAGUGCAGGAGGAACCAACCGCUGCCGCUGGCCUCGCCGACAUCGACUGACCUCACCCCGAGAAUGCCCUUCGUUGUCAAGCCCCCGGAGAAGAAACAUCGCCUCCCAUCUGCUUACAAUCGCUUCAUGAGGGAGGAGAUUCAGCGCAUCAAAGCUGCGAAGCCAGAUAUCCCUCACAGGGAGGCCUUCAGCAUGGCUGCCAAGAAUUGGGCGAAGUGUGACCCGCGCUGCUCGACGACUGCCUCUACUGCCACUUCUAACAGCGCUCCUGAGCCUGCUAGAGUCGUCGUGCCCACUCCUCAUGUAACUGAGCCACGCUUUGAUCUGGAGGAUAGGGCCAAGGAGCAUGUCAUUGAGAGCUUCGACAUCUUCAAGCAGAUUGAGCGCAACAUCUAGAUGUCUCCAUUUCGAGUACCAUCAGCUCUAUAUAUAACCUAUGCAUGCAUAUGCAUCCCCAUCUUGUACUUUUUACCCCCAUGUUACUGUUGCUAUUAUUCUUGCUCUUGUUGGAUUGUACGCACCCUUUAAUUGACAGUUGCUACCCUAUAUAAUGUUUGCCAUCUUAUAUAUUGUCGUCGUUCCUUAUAUAGGGUUAUGAUCGAUAUA